AUGGGCAACGGCAUCACUGGAGCCGCAGUUGCCUGGCAUCUGCUUGAAGAUGCCACUGAAGUUCAAAUGCCAAAGGUUAUCAUGCUCGAGGCUCGCGAGGUUUGUUCUGGAGACACUGGUCGUAACGGAAGAGUGGAAGCGGCGAAGGCUGCCGUCGCCGCCAUGCAGGAUGCCAUGCCCGGCGACAAGGCCGCCAAGUACGACCUUGUCGAAGCUGGCGAGGCACAGCAGCAGUACUUCUGUGGCGACCUGGAAGGCCGCCUAUGUGGUGCCUUGCGGUAUCCCGCCUGCAGCAUAAAUGCGUACUGCUUCGCCACCGGUGUUCUGAAGCUCUGCCUGGCUAAAGGGCUUCAGAUCCACGCCAACACCCCCGCUACACUCGCGGCGAAGGGGGCGGACGGGAAUUGGCAAAUCAACACCACGCGGGGAACCAUGACCGCAAAAGAAGUAGUACUAGCGACAAACGGGUAUACAGCGACGCUUGAUCCGCGCUUCCAGGGUGUCGUGGUGCCCGUCCGUGGACAGGUCACGGCCCAACGGCCGGGGUCGAAAAUGCGACCCCAGGGACUUACUCUGACUUAUAGCUUUAUAUAUCACGAUGGCUUCGAGUACAUGGUCUCCCGACGGGCCGAGGAUGGCGGAGACAUCAUCAUUGGUGGAGGUCUCUACGAGAAUGGAGACAGGGGAGUAGGUGAGGCCGGGAAUACGAACGACACUGUGACGAACAAAGUGAUCAGCUCGUACCUCAGAGACGUAACUCCGAGAUAUUUCGGGACUAGUUGGGGAGAGAACCAUCCCGAAGGAUAG